UCUUGUGUCUUGUGUGUGUGUGUGUGUGUGUGUGUGUGUGUGUGUAUCAGUCGGCUUUAAGACGCUGUCAUUGCAGUGCAGUGUGCCAGAUGUGUGUGUCACUAGCUCGCCUCUGGUCAGAUAGUUAAGGACUGGGUGUAUAGCGCGCGGAGGUUCUCGCAUCGUCCGGACGCAUUUCGAACCCGCUUCCACAGGCGUCGACCGGGUGCGCGCACUUUUUCCUUCUCUCUCUUUCUUUCUCUCUCUCUAUCUGUGAACGGGGGAUUUACGCUCAUCAUUGGAGAGGUCGCAGUGUGUGCUGUUGUUGAACAGGCUCUCGUUUCUCUCUGCUGAAGGAAAUGGCAAGUCGGGAAAGGGAGAGAGGCGCGCGCCGGCUCCACAGCGCAGGAAACCGGAGCUGAACGCACGCGCGCCGGGCGCCCUGUCUCCUGUCUGGCUCCUCAAUCCGCUUCUCCUGCAUUAUUAUUAUUUUGAUUUUUUUGUAAUUUUAUUUAAAUUUCUUUUUUUUUCCUUCCAUCAGAACGACGCUCCAGCGAGCGGAUUUUUUUUUAACCACAGAGGAUUCUUCUUACUUGCAUUUUUUUUUGUAAGUGUUUUUCUUUCUUCAUUAUUUCCAAAAACAACCACAAGGACGCGAGGAUGCAUGUUGGAUUAGCGCUGAUCCUCUUAACGGGAAUCUUUGUCAAAGCAAGAGCCAUCAAGCCUGUUUUAGACCAAUGUGGGGGAAACAUCCGGAUCACCAGUGCCAGCUACCUGACCUCCCCGGGCUACCCAGCCUCAUACCCGCCGUCGCAGAGGUGUGUGUGGGUGAUCUCAGCUCCAGCACCGCACCAGCGCAUCCUCAUCAACUUCAACCCUCACUUCGACCUGGAGGACCGCGAGUGCAAAUACGACUAUGUAGAAGUGAGGGAUGGCACCGAUGAGAGCGGGCAGCUGGUGGGCAAGUACUGUGGGAAGAUCGCUCCUUCUCCUUUAGUGUCCUCUGGCAACCAACUCUUCAUCAAGUUUGUGUCAGACUACGAGACGCACGGCGCUGGCUUCUCCAUCCGCUACGAGAUUUUCAAAUCAGGUCCAGAAUGCUCAAGAAACUUCACCUCUAAGAGCGGGUUCAUCAAGUCACCUGGUUUCCCAGAGAAGUACCCUAACAACCUGGACUGCACUUUUAUGAUUUUUGCCCCCAAAAUGUCUGAAAUUAUCCUGGAGUUUGAGAGCUUUGAGCUGGAACCUGACACACAGCCAACCGCUGGGGUCUUCUGCCGGUAUGACCGCCUGGAGAUCUGGGACGGUUUUCCUGGAGUUGGCCCGCACAUCGGCCGCUACUGUGGGCAGAACACUCCGGGCCGAAUUAUCUCAUACACCGGAAUACUGGCCUUGACAAUCAACACGGACAGCGCUAUCGCUAAAGAGGGCUUCUCCGCUAACUUCACCGUAGUGGAGAGGACUGUGCCUGAGGACUAUGAAUGCAUGGAGCCGUUGGGUAUAGAGUCCGGUGAGAUUCACUUGGAGCAGAUCGAGGCUUCGUCGGAGUAUAAUCCCAGCUGGUCUCCACAGCGUUCUAGACUCAAUAACUAUGAAAAUGGCUGGACGCCCUUGGAAGACUCCAACAAAGAGUGGAUUCAGGUUGAUCUUGGGUUUCUGCGUUUCAUCUCAGCCAUCGGGACUCAGGGUGCCAUCUCUAAGGAGACAAAUAAAAAGUACUAUGUGAAGUCAUACAAGGUGGAUGUGAGCUCCAAUGGGGAAGACUGGAUCACGCUGAAGGAAGGCUCCAAACAAAAGGUUUUCCUGGGCAACACGAACCCCACAGAUGUUGUGAAGACCUUGCUGCCCAAACCUACACUGACACGUUUCGUCCGGAUCCGGCCCUACACAUGGGAAACGGGCAUUGCUCUGCGAUUUGAAGUGUAUGGCUGUAAGAUCUCAGAAUAUCCAUGUUCAGGAAUGCUGGGAAUGGUCUCUGGCCUAAUCACCGAUGACCAGAUCACUGCUUCCUCACACACAGACCGCAACUGGGUGCCGGAGAACGCUCGACUCCUGACCAGUCGCUCAGGAUGGACUCUACUUCCACAACCGCAGUCAUACAUGGACGAAUGGCUCCAGGUAGACCUGGGUCAGGAGAAACUCGUGCGCGGACUGAUCAUCCAGGGAGGGAAGCACCGUGAGAACAAGGUCUUUAUGAAGAAAUUCCGUCUGGGCUACAGCAACAACGGCUCUGACUGGAAGAUGGUGAUGGAAGCCAACAGCAACAAGCCCAAGCUUUUCGAGGGGAAUAUGAACUACGAUACACCAGUAUUGAGGACAGUGGAGCCCAUCUUGACUCGCUUUAUUAGAGUUUAUCCAGACAGAGCUACACCAACAGGCAUGGGGUUGAGACUAGAGCUGCUGGGCUGUGAGUUUAAAGCACCCACUGUGCCUCCCACCCUGCCCGUUCCUCCAACCACACCAUCGGACGAUUGUGACGAUGAUCAAGCCAACUGUCACAGUGGAACAGGUGAUGACUACGAGCAGAAAGGUGGCACUACUGUUCCUGAGACCACUACAGAGAUGGGCCCCAUGACAGCAUUCUUGUGGUUUGCGUGUGACUUUGGCUGGGCGAACAACCCCUCAUUCUGCAGCUGGACGUCUGAAGGCAGCUACAGGUGGCAGAUUCAGUCUAGUGGCACACCCACAUUGAAUACCGGCCCCAACAUGGACCACACAGGUGGCUCUGGAAACUUCAUUUACACCCUUGCGACUGGCGCGCAGAAGAAAGAGGUGGCGCAGCUCGUCAGUCCAGCUGUUACGGGUCAGGAAUCAGAUCUGUGCCUCUCCUUCUGGUAUCACAUGUUUGGCUCACACAUCGGUACCCUGCACAUCAAGCAGCGUCAUGAGAGUGGGCGAGAAACAGCUGAUGUACUGCUCUGGACUGUGAGCGGACAUCAGGGCAACCGCUGGAGGGAGGCCCGUGUGCUGAUCCCUCAUUCAAGCAAACCCUACCAGGUGGUGAUAGAGGGUGUGGUGGAGGGACAGAGCUUGGGAGACAUUGCUGUGGACGACAUUAAAAUCCUGGAAAUCAACAUGGUGGAUUGCAAAGACCCAGAUGUCCCUACAGAACCCAUGCUAGCUGAAGACUUCGCAAAAUUCCCUGUGGACAUCACCAACUUCCCAAAGACUGUCGAGAACAAGGAUAUCAGUGGAACAGGGAACAUGCUGAACACUUUGGACCCCAUUCUGAUCACUAUCAUCGCCAUGAGCGCCCUGGGCGUCUUCCUGGGUGCCAUCUGUGGCGUGGUUUUGUACUGCGCCUGCUCGCAUGGCUCCAUGGCCGACAGGAACUUAUCUGCUCUGGAGAACUAUAACUUCGAGCUGGUGGAUGGCGUCAAGCUAAAGAAGGACAAGAUCAACUCACAGAACUCAUACUCAGAAGCGUGAGGCGCCAGCCAAUGCGAGGACAGCUUUCCUCAGGGAGGCGGGCAAACAAUAAAAAUAAAAUAAACAGACUGACGGCGCUCUCCUGUUGGAUGAGGACAAGUUUCUGAGAACCAAUGAGAAGAGAACAGGGACUGAGCCGUGUUUUUCUCAGGAGCUGCAGUGAACAGAACCCACCAGUAGGGGACACUGUGUACAAAAACAUUGAAUCUGAGGUUGAAGAUGAAAAAACGAACAAACAAAAAGAAUAUGUACAGAGGAUUUAGAUGAUUAUUUUAAUUUUUUAAUUUUAUUAUUUUUUAUUAUUUUUUAGUUGCUCAUUUUUACAAUCGGAUGCUGGUGUUGAGACCAAUAUAUGAAAAUGUUAUAUGUAUUUAUCAUUUUGUCUGGAAGAAUGAAAAACAUCUUGAACAUUUCUUUUUUUUUUUUUUCGUUUAAAGAAGAUGUGAAAAAAAUCCAAAACGAACCAUGUCUGAUAGCCCAUAAUGGGACACGUAUCUGACAGCGUGGUUCAGUCAGUGCCUUUGGUACAUCUUUCUUGGCCUCAUUUUUAAGUUGUAAAAAUUUUCUUUCAUCCUUUUUUGUUCUGGAAACAAAGACAAACACACAAAAACGAAGGAUGAAAAAGAAAACGAAUAAUAAACAAAAACAUAAAUGCUGGUCACCUGACCCUGCAAUCAUGACCCGGUUUAUUCAUUGCGCUUUAAUGUUGAGAGCCCACAUAUUGUACAUACAGUAAGUUUUAAUAUAUUUUAUUGCCCUUUUCAAAGAAAACGAGUAAAAAAAACAAAAGAACAAAAAAAUAAGCUGCAAUAUCCCUUUUUUUCUUUGGUGUUGUAAAUACAAUCGUCUGACUGUUUUGUGAAGGUGAAAAACGUGUGCUUUUCGUCUUGUUUGGGUUGCUUUAUCACCUUUCCCAGAAAUGCAGCUAAUGUGUUAAAACGCUGGUGGUUCACACACACGCAAAACACAAACACGCACACACAUAAAACACAAACACUUAUUCUCUGACAAAUAAAGCACCUCCCUUCACCUACAUCUCACAUACAUUUACAAGUCCAUUCAAUCCAUUCAGGUGUUUUAUGAUCAUCCGUAAGGCUGAAAGAAAAUCAGGUGUUACCCAUUCUUUUUUUUCCCCCUGUUUUUCUUUAUUGCUCAGUUUUGCCAUCAUGACAGAAAUGAACAAACCAACAUCGUCAUCCUCACCUCGAUUCCGCAUUGUUAAAUCACCCUCUCGCCUCGAAAUGCACUUUGUCGUCAUCUGUCUUGCGUGAGUGACUAGAAUAAGAAUGGUGCUAUCAUCUUUGUGAUAUUUGGCAAAUCGUCAUAGCUUGUCUCUCAUCUCUGACCUUGUCUUCUGGACGAACUCGUUCUCGGUGAUGUCACGUUUGCCUCGUGUUUGCCUCACAAUGAUCAUUACUUUGGCCAUUGCAUCUGUACCAAAGGAUUUUUGCCUCAAAUCACACAGAAUAAACAGCAUACACAAUACAGAGGAUGUGCAUCAGCUCAUAUUCAGAUAAGGCACUGAUCUUGACUAAAAAAAGAACAGCAUAUUAGGGACUGAGACUUAAUCCAGCACGUGGAACGCUGGCUCAUCAUUCAACAUCUAAUAACAAUAUAAAACCUAAGAACUUCAUAUCACACAUUCUGUAUCACACAUAACCCAGAGUACUUCACUUUCUCAUUCCCUUUCUGUCUCACUUUCUUUUACACACACACAAACAUAUGCACACACAUACACACGUACACACCUAAACUGAUUCAUAUUUUAAGGGUUUCUUGGUAUGUUUCUGUGCUGUGCUGUGUUCUGUGGCAAACACGUUUUUCUAUUCAUUUCUCUCCAGUAGUUUGCAAUGCCAUGACCCCGUUUCUCAAUGCUACCUGUGUGAUCACUGAAGCUAAAGGCCGACUAGCUUCAGUGCGGUUUUGAUGAAGAAAGCAUACUGUAGCAUCAAGGGAAAAAAAAGAAACAAUGUUGCACUGAUAGAUAUAUUUAAAGAGGUUUAUGUGUUUAUAGCAUUCAUUUGUACAAAAACGAAAUCUUCAUUAAAAAAAAAAGGACAGUGUUCAUUUUUUUUAAUAGUUUCAGAAUAAGUAAAAUAAUUCUGAAAUAUAUGGUUAUUGAGAUGUUUUCAUUAUUGAAAAAGGUAUACAAAUUUCCUAUAGUAAAGUUCCCAUUUAGCUGAUUGAUUAUCUUUGGUUUUGUAUCGUCAAAUCGAAAUUUGUGCUUUUGUUUUUUUUCCUUUUUCUUUUAUUUUUUACACAAGAAGAAGGGGAGAAACUUUUAUUUUCAAUACUGAUUCUGUAAUUGCUGUUAUAGGAAGGAAAAUCUGAAUAAAACAGCAAGGCCUUAAAAAAAACUGUCAAUCAAUGUUUUGUAUUUCAACACUCCAUCAUAAAAAGAAAAAAAAUCAACAGUGUCUACUGUUCUCUCAACAGCUUAGCUAAACAUACAUUCCAAAGAUUCAGAUCCAAUAAAACCUUUCGUAAGA